AUGGAUUCGCCAGAUCGCGGCCACGGAGGCAUGUUUAUCGACGUCCCCACCGACGUCAUGGGCAUCCAAGAAGAUUACUUGGAUAUGUUUGCGUCCGUUCUCAGCCAGGGUUUGGCCACAGACGGAGACUACGUUCAACCGCCCCCGACGACGACGACGACGAUUACGCCACCAAGCCACGAAGACCCUCAACUUCAACUCCAACUCGAGCUCGAGCAGCAGUUCCAAGCCGAAUCUGGCCAGAAUGGCGAAGAUACCGGGCCUGUGCCUGAGUCCGAAGAUGAGGCUGAUCUUCCAGAUGGGUUUUCAGACGAGGCCACAGAUGGGGUCUUGGACGAGGGCCCAGAUUAUGUUUUCGUUGUCCAGCGAAGUAAACACAUCACUGUCGACUUGCCAGUAUCAACUUUGGUAAAUCCAAGGUCGAAAUUCCAAAGGGUAGAUGAAAGAAAAGAUAAUCCCAUACCGCCACCGCCGUCAACACCUGAGCGCAUCGCUGUUGAGGAUCUCUUAAAGGCUGCGAAAGCGGCUGGUAAGUCCAAAGAGGAUUAUAUCGAAUUUGAGCUACACGACUUCAACUUCUACGUAAACUACGCUCACCACCCCCAAGAGAUGCGGCCGAUUCACCUUGUAGCGACCAAGAUGCUGCACGACAAGUACUACUUCGACGGGGUCCUGAAGUUUGGCAAUACCAAGCACUACGUCACCGGCAUGCAAGUGAUGGAGUUGCCUGUGGGCAAUUAUGGUGCGUCUCUGCACAGCGUCGAAGGCCAGAUCUGGGUUCGCUCCAAGCUCAACGCCAAAAAAGAGAUCUACUACCUGCUCAAGACGCCAGCGCUGGAAUACCAGCGAUUUUACCAGCCGUUUCUUUGGAUCGCAGACCUGGGAAAACAUGUCGUUGACUACUGCACUCGCAUGGUCGAAAGGAAGCGCGAGGUUACACUGGGCUGUUUCAAGAGCAAGGGCGACUUCAUCCAGUGGGCGACCAAGGCUCACGGAAAGUCAAAGGCCUUUCGGAUGUGGCGGGCUCAACACCGGAGCGACGAUUACCGGACUUCGGUCGCUGCCAAUAUAGGGUAUAUCUGGAAGGAGGUGAAUGGAGUGGCGGGCGCUAGAAGAGCAGCGGGCGACAGACUUUUUCGGGAACUCAUGCUCGUUAAGCCCGGCCAGUAUCUCAGACAGGAGGUUCCUCCAGGCCCGCUCGUCACCGAAGGCGAUCGAACCGUUGCGGCUACCAUUGUCACUCCGUAUAUCAAGGAGUGUUUUGAUCAUAUGAUUCUUGGAAAGGUAUUGCGGUUGGCUGGCGAGGAUGCGGAGAAAGAGAAGGAUAGGCAGGUGAAGCUCACGAAGCUCGCGAAGCGUGUCAAGCAAGACACAACAGAGAACAUCGAGACAGAGGCCAAGGCGGACACCAAGGACGAAACCAUGACAGAGGAUUUAUCGAUACCACUUCAACCAUUGCCGCUGCAAGUGUCGGAGGUAAUCCCCAUCGUCGAUUCGGAUGUCAUUUCCAUCGUUUCCUCAGAUGUUCUGCCAGCACCAGGAAGCAAUCUACCGCCUCCGAUGAAGGAGAAUGUCAAGCCCAGGGCGAAAGCGAAAGCGAAAGCGAAAGCGAAAACACCACGACCAAACAUCAAACAGAUUCAUCCGGCCUACAUUAAAUACUUGUCCCAGGAACUUGUCGACCAGAUCAAGGUUGGAGACGUGAUUUCUACGCCUCGAGAUGAUAGCUCAAACACGGACACGAAGUGGAAACCGGCCGACACAGAUGACCACAGGUGGUUUGGCCUCGUUCAGAAAGUCCAUACUACCAAGACUAAGAGUGGCCGUGGCCUCGACCCCAAGAGUUUCGAUGUCAUAUGGUUUUACAGACCAGAAGAUACGCCAUGCUGCGCUAUGAAGUACAAGUGGCGCAACGAGCUCUUUCUUUCUAAUCACUGUACGUGUCAGGAAGGACAUCAUGCGCGUGUCAAGGGCAAUGAGGUACUUGCGGUCCAUCCAGUGGACUGGUUCGGAACUCCAGAAAGUUGCAAGGGCGAGUUUUUCGUUAGGCAGUUGUACGAGAGCGAGCAACGGAGAUGGGUUACGGUACAAGAGGCCCAUUUAACCUGCUACCAUAACCAGCCGCCAAAACCACCGACCCCUCCUUAUAAGCCUGGUGAUACUGUCCUGGCAACACUCUCUCCUUCCGACAGGUAUUCCGAACCGUACGAAGUGGUCGAAUUUUUUAGGCAAGGAGAGAAAGAGAAAGAGAAACCGUUCGUGCGACUUCGAAAGCUAUUGCGACGACGGAAAGUUGAUCGUCCAGAUGCGCCAGCUAACGAGCUUGUCUACACGGAGGACCUAGACCUGGUGGAGGUUCGAGGCGAGAGGAUCGUAGGAAAGUGUCUGGUCAGAUUUUUUCGCGCAGACGAGCGUAUCCCAAGCCCCUAUGACAGGGGAGGAACGGGGAACAUAUUCUUCAUCACCCAUGGGCUAGAAGACGAUGGAAAAUGCGUACCUCUCAAGACAUUCCCAAGCACUUUGCGCCAGGGAUUCAACCCCUUGGAGAAGAACUUACUUGGCAAGCCAAAGCUGAAGGGGAUGGAUCUAUACUGCGGCGGUGGUAAUUUCGGAAGAGGCCUGGAAGAGGGCGGGGUCGUCGAGAUGCGCUGGGCCAACGAUAUUUGGGACAAGGCUAUCCAUACCUACAUGGCCAAUACCCCGGAUCCGGAAAAGACGAACCCCUUUCUUGGCUCUGUGGAUGAUCUGCUUCGUCUUGCUCUGGAGGGUAAAUUUUCCGACAACGUGCCACGACCCGGCGAAGUCGACUUCAUCGCCGCCGGCAGCCCAUGCCCCGGUUUCUCGCUUCUCACCCAAGACAAGAAAGUCCUCAAUCAAGUCAAAAAUCAAUCCCUCGUAGCCUCUUUCGCCUCCUUCGUCGACUUCUAUCGACCUAAAUACGGCGUUCUCGAGAAUGUCUCCGGCAUUGUGCAGACAUUCGUAAACAGGAAGCAGGACGUCCUUUCACAGCUGUUCUGCGCUCUCAUAGGAAUGGGCUACCAAGCCCAACUCACCCUGGGCGACGCCUGGGCCCACGGCGCGCCUCAAAGCCGUGAGCGCGUCUUUCUGUACUUUGCUGCUCCGGGCCUUCCUCUCCCAAGCCCGCCUUUACCCUCCCAUUCCCACUACCGCGACAAAAACCGCAACAUCGGCUUUCUCUGCAACGGCGAGUCCUACGUCCAAAGGAUCUUCGUUCCCACCGCUUUCAAAUUCGUCUCUGCUGGGGAAAGCACCGCCGACCUCCCCAAAGUUGGCGAUGCUAAGGUAGAAGUUUGCACACCCUUUCCCGACCACCGUCUUGCGGCCGGUAUUACCCCGAAGAACCGCGCCCAGUAUGCCUGCAUCCCCACACACCCCUAUGGGAUGAGCUUCAACAAAGCCUGGAAUAAAGGUAACGGUAUAAUGACCAAGGGAGAUAGAGGUCUUUUCCCUAGCGAGGGCACAACGCGUACCAGCGAUGCUUCGGUUGGUUGGCGGAGGUUGAAUCCCAAGACGCUGUUUCCGACGGUCACUACUACCUGCAACCCCAGCGAUGCAAGAAUGGGUCCGGGGUUACAUUGGGAUGAACCACGGCCGUAUACGGUGCACGAGAUGCGCCGGGCCCAGGGGUAUCUGGAUGAGGAGGUGUUGGUGGGAAGGACGGCUGACCAGUGGAAGCUGGUUGGUAAUUCCGUGUCUAGGCAUAUGGCGCUGGCGAUUGGGUUGAAGUUUCGGGAGGCGUGGUUGGGGACGUUGUUUGAUGAGGGUGCUGAUUCCACUACUGUUGGCAGUGUUAUUGUUGCUGCUACGGCUAUGGCUUCGGCUACCAAUGCUAUGGCUUCGGCUACCAAUGCUGUGGCUGUUGGGAUCACGGUACCGGUUAUGGAAGAGGCGGGGGGUUUCUCGGUUUCACACUCGACAAGGCCGUCGAGGUCGCCUGUCCUCACUGGUGUUGAUGUCGACGACUCCAAGAGCAAGAGGGGCAGGAGUAGGAGUAGAAGUACUACGCCGGCUACGAUGAUUUCGACCUCUGAAUCGGCCGCGGGUGGAACGGCGGGUGCAGCUGGUCUGGAUGUGGAUGAUGACCAUGACAUUGAGAUGAUCGAGAUGACGGAGGCGACGAGGAAGAGAAGUUCGCCUGGUGAGGAGGAGGGUGGGCGGCCUAUUAAGGUGCAGAAAGUGGAUGAAGAUGACGCUGAAAGGAACGGGACUUCCAGACGGUCAUCUAGGACAACCUCCAGACAUCCAUCAAGGCAAGCAUCUGCACAACCACCCAAACAACCAUCGCAACAGGCAUCAAGGCAGCCAUCCCAACAACCCUCCAGACAGUCAUCCCGGCAAGCAUCCAGACAAUCCUCCAGGAAACCACCCCCCACGACUUACGAAGCUACUGCGCCGGAGGACCCCGCAUCAGACGCCGAAUCCUACCAGUCCUACCCAGAGACCUACGACAUGGAGGGUUUCGAUGGUGACUACAAUGGUGGCUUUAAUAACGAGGAACACGAGGAUGAUCAUGAUGACGAGGUCGGUGAAGAGGAAUACGCAGAACCAGAAAUGAUUACGGUCAACGGCAUGACGAUUGUCAAGUUGUAG